AUGUUUAGGAAUCAGUAUGAUCACGACGUUUCAAUAUGGAGUCCACAAGGACGAAUUCAUCAAAUCGAAUAUGCUAUGGAAGCUGUAAAGCAGGGUUCAGCAGCAGUCGCCCUGAAGAAUCAUGAUUACGCCAUAAUUGUUGCCCUUAAGAGAGCACCAUCUGAGCUCUCUUCCUACCAAGAAAAAAUCAUUCAAAUAGAUGAUCAUGUUGGGGUAGCGAUCUCGGGUUUAACUGCUGAUGGCCGACUUCUUAGUCGUUCAAUGCGUCGUGAGUGUGCAGACAGCAGAUGGGCCUACGAUGAGCCAUUACCAAUUUCACGUCUGCUAUUUAAGAUAGCUCUCAAGAUGCAAGUUCCUACUCAGAGAUAUGGUCGACGACCUUUCGGAGUUGGUAUGCUAGUCACUGGUUGUGAUGCCUUGGGACCACAUGUUUACUACCUGUGUCCAUCCUCAAACGCAUACGAUUGCAAAUGCAUAGCCAUUGGUUCUCGCUCUCAAUCAGCUCGUACUUACUUGGAACGACAUUUAGAUGAAUUUAAAGGUUCAUCUUUGGACGAUUUAAUUUGUCAUGGAUUGAAGGCUUUAAACAGCACGUUGCCAAAUGAAGUUAGUUUGAAUAUAAAGAAUUGUUCACUUGCUAUGGUUGGAAAAGACAUGAAAUUCACAAUAUUUGAAGAUGACGAUAUUGAUCCAUAUUUGAAGUUAUUCGAAGCUACUCAAGCGGAUGCACCAACUAUCUCCGAUUCCGGUCCUACUCCAAUGGAACAGGAUCAAGACUGUGAUAUUCAACUGGCCUAUGUAACUAGUACUCAAUUUUGUAAUUGGCAUUUUUCUCCUUCAGAAUUAGUUAAUCUUCGUUCAGAUUGUAAUACAACUGCUCUUAAACGAUUACAAUCAAUUAAAGAAGUAGAAAUUAAAAAUACCAAUGAAAAUGUAAACAAUACAUUAACUGUUGUUGGAUUAGAUCCUGAUCAAGAAUUUAAAAUUAUUAAACAUUAUGUAUAUUUAAUGAAAAUUUUAUUUGAUAAAUUUACAACACCUCAGUUACCAAAUGAAGUAUAUGGUUUUGCUGCAACCUAUUUUAAACGUUUUUAUCUUAAUCAUUCUGUAAUGGACUUUUAUCCACGUGAUAUAAUGUUAACAUGCUUGUACGUUGCUUGUAAAGCUGCAGAUUUCCCAAUUGGUCUUCAGACUUUCAUUUCGCAUAUCCCUAGAAAUCAAGAGCGAUACAGUUAUCUGGUUCUCAAUUCUGAACUUUUUUUGAUGGAAUCACUGGGUUAUGAUCUGUGGGUGUAUACACCGUAUCAAGCGUUAACUGGAUUUGUUAUCGACUUAGUAGCAUAUCAGAGACGAAUUUGUGGUGCACGUUCUGAUUCCUAUCUUUUAGAGAAUCGAUCCGAUGCUCAGCUCGUUGAUGAGUUAUGUAAGGACGGUGUAAAUUUAAUAAAUUUAUGGUAUCAAACUGACUUGUGCCUCACAGCUCAUCCAAGUCAGUUCGCUCUUGCUGUCCUAGUGGAACUUGGACAUACUCGGCCUCAGUUGGAUGUAGAAGUUUUCGUCAGAGAUGAACUAUGUGGUUGUGACCCAGUACAAAAGUUUAAACAGCAUUCUGAAGAGGAUGAUGGUGACGAAGGAGACAUAAAACCCAAGAAGGAUACCAAAUGUGACCCUGAAACUCGUUGGCAGGAACUGUCUAGUCGUUUAGAUUUUAUCCGUCAAACAAUCGAUGAAUUUCAGUUUAUUACUGACUUAGGACCUGUUGGUGAAGAAGAAGUAAUUUUAGAUGAAUGUCGAAAUCCCCUGUAUAAUAUUGAAUCUGACGAGUAUGCGCAAGCUAAGUCAAAAGCGGAUAGCCUAAUGGCUACGCUUGAAUAAUAGUAAUAGUCGUACCUGUACUGUAUAUAUACCAUGUAUAAUUCACGUUUACUUUUCUGUUUUGGAAAUUGUGUGUAAUUACAGGUUUUAUUCUCUA